AUGGUGGAAAGUUUCUACCGACAGCUCAAAGCCGCUAUUUGCACGGCUCCUGACCCUCAUCGUUGGUCCGAGUCUCUCCCCAUUGUUCUGCUAGGGUGCCGCUCAGCUGUCAAGGAGGAUUUAAGCUACUCCUCCGCUGAGCUCCUGUAUGACACCACCCUAGCACUUCCUGGACAAAUAUCGGCGCCCGUCGACUUACCGAAUGCAGACCCCACGUCUUACGUCACGCGACUCAGAUCAUUCUUUGCUGACCUGCCACCGACGCUUCCUCGUGACCAGUCUAUUUCUUCUGCAGUACCUCCGGAUAUUUGUAUCUGGACUCACGUGUUUGUAAGAAAUGAUGCCGUCAAGGAACCGCUCACACCUCCCUACACUGGACCCUAUCGCAUUUUAAGAAGCACACCGAAACUGUUCGCUGUGGACAUUCACGGAGAAAAAGAGAAUGUCUCUAUCGAUUGGCUAUAA